AUGAGAUCGUUUUCCGGCGGUAAGCUCAAGACAAGGGAAAUUAAUUACAAACAUUUUGUGACGAACCAUGCGUUCGCACCAUACUCAGAUGUAUACAUAAAGGCGUUGACAAAAGGCAUUUCGAUCGACAGAAUGAUCGCCCGGCAAUUCACACGGAUCGAGACGUUGAGCACCGGCACAAUGCUUCACGUACUGUCGAUCCUCUGGGUACGUGAACACAACCGAGUGUGCGACCAGUUGUCACAGAAGUGGCCGUUGUGGACACACAAACAACUGUAUAAUAAGGCCAGGAAGAUUAUAAUCGGUCAAAUGAUGAAUAUAAUGAUGACUGAAAUUAUAAAUGUGGAACUCAGACCGGAAGUGUACCACCAUCGAAUGGAAAACAUCCGUUGUUCCAGCAAGCCUAUUGAACUGUAUUUGACGAUGGCUGUUUCAAAUUUGCCGGAAAAAUUACAAUACAGCUCAACGAAUUUGACGCCCUAUAGUAACACCAGUCGAGUUUCUGAAGCUGAUUUAAAAGACUCCCUGCAAUUAAUGAUGAGUUCAAAGAUGCGUAUUGUCAAGGCCCACGAUGACGGCCCCUUGACGGAACGGCUUACCAAGACACUUAUGACACUCUCGAGAGAACAAUGUUUACAGGGUUUCAAUAACUACAGAAGACGGUUAGGGCUGCCUGCUUACAACAGCUUUUUCGAUCCGACCGGAAACGUCGAAACCGCAACUGAAUUGGAAAAAUUGUAUAGUACCGUGGAGAAGGUGGAGUUGUUAACCGGCGUAUUGACGGAAAAAUCCAGUUCCGGAGUUCUACCCACGGCCAAAGUCUUGUCUAACAGUUUUAUCAUUAACGCAAUAUUGACAAAUAGUCUUACCACCAAACAAUUGUGGACACCGGACACGUUCGGUGGAGUCGAAUUUUUUAAGUUGGUGAAGUCAACAAGUUUAGAGUCGUUGGUGUGUCGAAACGUGGACAAUUGCGACGAGUUAAAAAAUCAUCGUUACGCGAAAUAA